GAGCUGAAAACAUGAGCUCGUUAACGGAAGACCAGAUUGUCUAUAAUUCCAUGUCAGAAGAUGACAUCAACAGUAAUGUUCAAUACGUAGAAGGGGAAAAUCAACCCGAGAAACCCAGAUGGGGACCACAGCACGCCGGAGCAAAGGAACUGGCCAGUCAAUACACAGCAGGAAAACGUCUACAGGAGACUGUGUGUAUUUCAAUCACAUUCGUGUUGUUUGCCUUCAACAGUGUGCAACUCAUCCGCUAUUACACCUGGGCUAACAGCUACUUUAUAUUUGGAGCAGCGUUUCUUGGUAUUAUCACAGCCGACUUCUUCAGUGGACUGGUACACUGGGGUGCUGAUACCUGGGGAAGUGUUGAGCUGCCAGUUGUUGGCAAGGCUUUAAUUCGUCCAUUUCGGGAGCAUCACAUCGAUCCAACGUCCAUUGUUCGCCAUGAUUUCAUUGAAACAAAUGGAGACAAUUUUGCUAUCACACUCCCUGCCUUAGCCAACAUGGCCUACAAGUUUAUCACCUACAGUCCAGCAGAUAUAGCUGCCACCUACAACUGGGAGUGCUACAUGUUUCUUCUAGCCAUAUUCAUCAGUCUGACCAACCAGAUCCACAAAUGGUCUCAUACAUACUUCGGCCUUCCACGCUACAUCACCAUACUGCAGGACAUGCACGUGAUCCUGCCUCGCAAGCAUCAUCGUAUUCACCACGUGGCGCCACACGAAACGUACUUCUGCAUUACCACAGGCUGGCUCAAUUACCCGCUGGAAGUCAUCAACUUCUGGCCCGUUCUGGAAAAUAUUAUUGAAUCCCUCACCGGAAACAAACCCAGAGACGAUGACAUGAAGUGGGCCAAGAAAACAACCUAAAUAUUGUGUACUUGAAUAGAAUAAUUGCUUUUGUGAGAACAUAUUGUAUCUUGUCUGUAAGCAUACUGGGUAGUAUAAUUUUGUAUCACACGGUCAUGUUGUUUGCCAGAGAUGUUAAACUGUGCUUUUCUAUUAAUUCAUGAUCUCCAGAAUUUAUUUUCUGAAAUUCAAAUCCAAUGUUGUUACAUGUAAUUUAAAAGUAAAUAGAGAUUUACAAAAACAUUUCAUUUGCUUGUCUAAACUUUUAUUUUAAACUGUUUAAAAUUGGA